UCAGCAGGAACGGGGCUUCUCAAGAGGCUUUCAUUAUUCCUUUUGCAUUAAUUCCUUUUGAGAAAGGGAUUUGUUGGGAAGAAGGCUCUGAGACUGCAUGUCCCAACAGUACCAGCUGAAGGAGGUGAAGGCAGACGCGGUUUGUUUCGUACCUGGCUCUCCUCUCUUCUCUGUCCUCAUGGAGCCGGCUUCUUUUUGCUACCCCCAGCUUACCUUCCUGCGCUCACCCUAUGGGCAGUUUGGGGCGAGUGCUGGCUCUUCACAGGACCUGGCCCCGUGGCCUCAACGCUUAGUGCCGCAGAGAUGGAGCGGGCCGGUGGAUGAAUCUCCACCAGCAGCGAUGUCAAGGAAUGGAUACUUCUUUGAAGAGAGUGGGUACCUCAAGUGUGACACGGACGAUGGCUGCGAGGCCAAGGAGGAGACGGGGGGAGAGGAGCUCUUUGAUGCCGUGAACUCCUCCAUCGUUUCAGGGGACAGCAUCCGAUUUUUCGUCAACGUCAACCUGGAGGUGCCGCCCAACACUGCUGCUGAAAAUGAAAGUGCUGGCUGCGUGUUACUACACACAUCGAGGAAGUACCUGAAAUUAAAGAAUUUUGAGGAAGAAGUCAGAGCCCACAGAGACCUGGAUGGGUUCUUGGCCAGAGCCAGCAUCAUCCUUGAUGAAACAGCCACCUCUUUGGAUGAUGUCCUUCGAGAGAUGCUGAAACAUUUUGCUGAAGACCCCGAGAACACGGAGCCAAGCUGUAACUUUGAAAAAAUCAUGAGCACUUUAUUCACAGAUUCAGGGACCCCGCGAGAAGGGAAUGUUCACCUCUUAUCAGAUACAAUUCAAGGGGUCACAGCGACAGUCACGGGGGUGCAGUAUCAGCAGUCCUGGCUCUGUAUCAUUUGCACUAUAAAGUCCCUUCAGCGACGUCAUGUUUGCAUCAGUCGCCUUGAGAGGCCUCAGAACUGGGGUGAGAACUCCUGUGAAGUCAGAUUUGUGAUAUUAGUCCUGGCGCCUCCUAAAAUGAAAAGUACCAAAACAGCCACAGAAGUGGGCCGAACCUUUGCCACGAUGUUUUCUGAUAUAACCUUUCGGCAGAAACUGCUAGAAACCAAAACUGAAGAGGAGUUCAAGGAAGCCUUAGUCCACCAACGCCACUUGUUGACGGUGGUGAAUCAGAGACCCUCAGCAAUGAGCGACGGGCACAUGCCGCACGGUCCUAAGCCACUCAAGCUGCAUGAGUUUCUCAAUGUUGGCAAGGGGAUUUUUGAUGACAUUGCACGAAGAUUUCCAGUGUACGCGUUGGACUUCACUGAUGGUAUUAUUGGAAACAAUAAGGCUAUAGGAAAAUACAUCACAACUAUGAUUUUUCUGUAUUUCGCCUGCCUCCUUCCAUCUAUUGCUUUUGGGUCCCUCAAUGAUGAAAACACCCGAGGAGCUAUUGAUGUGCAGAAGACAAUCGUUGGCCAGUGUAUUGGAGGGCUGCUUUAUGCACUCUUCUCAGGGCAGCCUCUUGUCGUGCUCCUGACUACAGCUCCUUUAGCACUCUACAUUAAUGUCAUUCGAGGAAUCUGUGAUGACUACAACUUGGAUUUCAGUGCUUUCUAUGCUUGGAUUGGACUGUGGAACAGCUUUUUCCUUGUGAUGUACUCCCUCUUUAAUUUCAGUCUUCUGAUGAAGCUCUUUAAAAGGUCAACAGAAGAAAUAAUUGCACUUUUUAUAUCAAUCACUUUUGUGCUUGAUGCCUUCAAAGGUAUUAUUAAAGUUUUUAAGAAAUAUUACUACCAUGGGCGCACAGGAGACAGUUACUUGGAAAAAGCACGAACUGAUGCUAUUCCAAGCCUCGGCAUCAAUACCACCUUCUUGAUGAAUUCAUCAGUGAGCAGAUCCAUGUCCCUAGAGAAUCAAACAGGCACGCAUGAUGUGCAUUAUGGACGUGAAACUGCCGUCCUUAGUCUCAUGUUGAUGUUGGGUACCCUUUGGCUUGGUCAUACGCUCUAUCAGUUUAAGAAAAGCCCAUAUUUGCAUGCGAGAGUCCGUGAAAUUCUGUCCGACUGUGCCUUACCCAUUUCAGUGUUGACUUUUUCUGUUGUGGGUUCCUAUAUCUUCAAGGAAAUUGAAAUGUCUAAAUUUAACUACAACCCAUCUGAGAGCUUGUUUGUGCUGGCUCCUGUCCAGUCCCUCUCCAUUGGUUCGGUGAUGAGUGCUAUGGGGCUGGGGUUCCUCCUCUCAAUGCUCUUCUUCAUAGAGCAGAACAUUGUGGCAUCGCUCACAAAUGCUCCAGAGAACAGGUUGGUGAAGGGAACAGCCUACCACUGGGACCUCCUCCUUGUGGCGCUGAUAAAUACGGGGCUGUCCAUCUUUGGCCUUCCAUGGAUCCAUGCUGCCUUCCCUCACUCUCCAAUGCACGUCCGUGCUCUGGCCUAUGUAGAGGAGAGGGUUGAAAACGGGCACAUCUACGAGACGAUUGUGAGUGUGAAGGAGACCCGGCUGACGAGUCUGGUGGCAAACUUCUUGGUUGGCCUCUCGCUCCUGCUCCUCCCUUUCCCUCUUCAGUGGAUUCCAAAACCAGUCCUCUACGGCCUCUUCCUCUACAUUGCAUUGACCUCCAUUGAUGGGAACCAGCUCUUUGAGAGGGUGGCUCUGCUGCUCAAAGAACAGACUGCUUAUCCUCCGACUCAUUACAUCCGCAGAGUGCCCCAGAGAAAGAUCCACUAUUUCACAGGCUUGCAGGUCCUGCAGCUCCUCAUCCUCUGUGGUUUUGGCAUGUCACCGUUGCCCUACAUGAAGAUGAUCUUCCCACUCAUCAUGAUAGGAAUGAUCCCAAUCAGGUAUAACCUGCUCCCUAGAAUCAUUGAAGCCAAGUACUUGGAUGCUAUGGAUGCAGAGCACUAAACAAGAUCUGCUGCAUGCGGAGCUGUGAGGAUGGCUCUCUUGGAGUUGGAAGGAUGGGGCGUCUCUGCCAAGGCAUAGGACAGUCUAUCUGCAGUUCUUUCUUUCACCACUUUCUUUCUGCUCUAAUAUGGCAUUGGUAAUGCACAUAUCAAAGACCAAUUGAGCAUUGAAGUGUCAGACCAAAACAGCCAUGGACUUGGGAGGCCAGUGAUCUUUGGAGCUGUGAGGCAAGCGAGCUCGAUGGAAAUGCCACCUUUCUCAUCCCAAAACUGGAAACCCUGGAAAAACAGCAUGCCAUACAGUUGGAGCAUGCAUUCAGAGUUGUUGUGUGUACCCUUGUUUGAGGGGUGGGGGAAAAUCCCUUUUGUAUGCAUCACGUCCCUUUUUUCCAAAGCACUGUAAGGACAACAGCUGACCCUUUUACAGAAUGACAGUCCUAUUUAGUUUGGCCUUUGAAUUCCAUUUCCUAUUAAUCCAGCAUUCCUAAAUUGGUAUCCUAGGUGGGAUGGCCUCAUAGCAAACUGUUGUCAGGGGAAAUGUCUGACUGUCUCUUCAGACUCAUUGGCAGAAGGGUUGGAAACAAGUUAGUUUGUACUGAUGCAACCCACAGCUUUGGAUGAGUAUUUAAUUCCCACAGAUGACCUGGAAGCAUUCAGAAAUUGGGCUCACGUGGUGAUGUUGGUGGAACUGCAUCUGGGUCUGAAUUAUUUUGGCUCUUUCUGAUUUUACCACUUGGUAAUCAAACACAGAAGUGUAGUUUUGCACAACUGCAACGUCCUUGCUUGCACCCAGAGUCAGAUGCUGAAACUUGUCGAAGGGCAGUUGUGUUAAUGAUUGCAUAUACAUAUGUACAGUAGUGCCUCUGUGUACAUAUAUACAUAUGGAUUUGUGUAUAUAUUUUGCAUAGAUAUUCAAAUAGGCCUGGUUCUUUCAAAAUAUCAGAAGUGUUUUGUGCAAUCAGUGUUACCUGUGGUGUCUUGACCAUAUACUUGUUCUCUGCUUUAGUGCUGCUUUUUCUCAUUUGUUGUAUGGUCCCUUGUUUUUUUUUCUUCUGAAGCUGCUUGUUUACUAUUAUUUUUCCAUGAUUCUUUAUUCAAGAUGUUUCUUUACUUUCCUCAUCCCAUGGCUUGAGACCUUCAUCGUUCUGUCUUGGUGGUCUGAUAUGUGAAUUUUGCAUUUAAUUUUAAUGUACAGCAUGCAAUGAAAGUUCUCCUCCUUUGCCUAAUCAAUAUUUGUUGCUCAUUUCAUUGUUUCUGUUCUGUGACUAAUCUCCAGUUUUUUCCCCUGCUCCCAGACAUUAUAUUAUAUUUCUGGAUGAAUCUAACUUCUGCAGUCUUUUAUAUUUCAGUUUAUUUAAUUUUGCUUGUACAGUGGUCAGUUUUCUUAUUUGAAGUACUGUGAAACCAGCUGCCCUUUAUGUCAAUGCCUGCCCGUUGCUGCACGCUGCAGAUUGCAGGCAAAACUUCAAGCAAAGUGGAGUCCUGAUGAUGACAAACUUUCAAAACAGCAAAAAAUGAGAAAAGGGGAAAUUGUUUUGUAAAUUAGCAGAGAGAAAUGUUGCUUGCUUGCUCGGUUCCCUACAGGUUGGGUGUUUCUCUGCACGAUGAGGAAGGCCAACUUUGUAAUGAGAGGUAGGAGAGCUGCAGAGAAAAUUUCUCAGCAUAUGAACAGACUCGAGCCGCUGAUGAUUUGUUGUCUCUGUGCUAAAUAUCAGGUGGUAUUUCAUCUUGAUGCAGUCACCUAUGGUUUUCACACGUGUGUGAAAAGGUUUAUUUUCUUGUGGAAUCUCUUCGUCUUAAUGAAAGAGAGUGUUAAAUGUGCUCCCUUGUGGGCAUGGUCACUGCAUCCCAGAGCUAACACAGGGAAAGCUGUCAGCUUUCAUAGCAAGCCAAGCAGCAGCAAGGCCUUCAUGUCAUAGCCCAUUCUCGUGUGAAUGCUGAGAAGGCUGCAGGUCAAGGUAACACUCCAGCAGAUGAAAGCAGGUAAAUGUCACACAUUGGGCUUUCAGUUGGUCCUGAAGGCAGCAGGGGUAACUCAUGUGAUGUCUGACCAGUGGUGUGAUACGGAAUGCAAAUCUGUGCAUGGCUUCUGACUGCCUUCAUCAAUGUUUUCUGGGCUUUGAGUCAUUUUUGUGGUGAAAUUGCUGAUGGCUAUUACCAAGGUCCACAUGUAGAAAGAGAAGGUGAGCAAUCAGCAAACGGGAUUUUGGGGACUGGGUGGAGGCGGUAAAAGCAUCUCUGAUCUCCAGUCAACAGAAAAAGAUGACAGCAAACAAUUAAGUACUUAGAUGAAAGAGCAAUUGCACAGGCCUGACAAAGCUUGUGUGUUGGGUACGUCACAUUUAACCAGAACUAGAAUGAGAAGUGUUAACUUAUGGUCAAGUAAACUACUACCUGUCUUGGGAGUACAUUGCUGGUGUCUCAGCUCUUGGCUGAGAGAAGUCAUCCUGCAGGGUAGUUUGAACUGUAUUGUGGGUGCUGUGGCUGGAAGGAGGAGACAAUGUGCUUGCUGGGAUGAACCUCUGGUCCUCUCCGAGGCCCUGGAUGAAAUCUCCUCUAGUGCAGAGUAGCUGAUGCAAGUGUUGCAAGAAGAAUUAAUUUUGAGAUGCGCCCUCCAAGUCUCUGCUCACAAGGACCAAAAAAGUCUCAAUUUGAAAACGUCAGUUUGAGUCAAACUUAGUUGAAGGUCUCUUAAAAUCCAGAUAACUGGGGGGAAUUAAAUAGCCAUCACAAUUAUUGGGUUGGGGAUUCAUUGCUGUUGCUUUGCCAGUAUGACUUCAGUGUUUGUUUUUUCUCAGUAGCAUCCCUAGGAUUCUGUUUUGCAAAGUUUUCUUUCUACAGAAUGCGUGGGGCCAAAGAAUCAAGUGAUGGGGGGCUGGUUUAGCCUGUGUGAAUAUUUCGGACCCGUGUCUAAAGAUGUGGGUAGCAGAGAGAUGUAAGACUACCAAGGCCUCGUGGCUGUUGAGGAGUUGCAAUGGUCCUGCAGAGGAUUUUCCUUCUACAAGUACCUUUUCUCUUGUUUGCUUCUGGUUUUGCUGAUGUAAGUGUAGGCAGGCAUCUCCAGGAAGUAGGCUUACUAGGGAAGGAGGGACUGUUCAGAGUUGAUCGAGCACUUUAAUACUUCUGUGAAGGUUAAGACAAUUAGAAUGUAAAAGAAGUUUUAUUAUAAGCUCUUUAUAUACGCACAAUGCUAUGUGUAACUGUUGCCAAAGAGUUGGGUUUUGAAGGAUGUUGGUAGCUUUUGAGAGUUCGUGAUGCUCACCUGGAACCACAGAGGUCGCAGAAUGCUUCUGAAAUAAAUGCAUUUUGGGAGUUGUCUUCUGACAGUUGCCAAAGCAAUUGGAAACUGAGAAUAGAAUAAAUUUCUACUCUCGAAUUUGUAGUUUUUGAUCCUUGCACUGAAUGUAGGAGCUAGAAAUUAGCUUGAUAAUUAAAAUUGGAUUUGUACCUGAAUAGCUUUGUUGGUCUGAGACUCGUUUUAUUGCCUUCAAAGAUGAUGUUGACGCUCUAAUGUAUGGAAAUAGUUGUUUCUCCAUGUAAAUGAAGGGCAGUUGUUGAAACAUGGACUGCUGAACAGGCAAUAUAGCACUUUCUGGAUUGCUUAGAAAGCAAGACUGGCAACAUCACUAACAACAACCCCCCGCGUUCUCUGGCAUCAACAUCUGAAGCUAUUAAUAAAUGUCAAACUGGAGUUGGGUGAUACGUCAAGGCAUCACUGAGGAAGGAUAGGAGUGGAGAAAACAAACUCAACUAGUUUGUACCACCUGGUGAAGUGUUUCAAGAUGAAUCCAACAGCUGUGAGAUGUGAUGCAUGCUUCCGGAUGACCUGUGUGAACUGGGAUGCUCCAAAAAACAAAUACGGUAGACGAUCGCACCCACAUGCUGUGGUUCAAAUAAUUGUCCUUCAAAGGUUCCCCCAUCCCCAAGACUGAAACAGUUCGUAAACUGUUGCAUGUUGUAUUUGUCUGCUUCAGAAACUGCUGCUGAACUGUGUUUUUUCUGGACCUUCUUUGUGGACAGAAGCAAAACGACAACAGAAAAAUACAUGAAGUUGGUCCACUUUGGGUAACGCUUGCAGAAGAUGCUGGAGGAGAACCUGAGACAUGUUGUGUCACCUGGAGCUCCUUCCACUUGGACACUUAAUGGGUCACAGACUAGGAUCUGCCCCAUCGGUUGGGGCGUGCUCACGUUUAUCCUUAAUCUUAUCCACUGUUUUCUGUAUUUGUCCUCUGGUAUGUUAUCACCAAAAUGGCCUAACAGGGAAAAAAUGAGAGUUGGCUCAAAUGUUUGUGCGUUCCUCUGAAACUUCAGUGUUUUCACUGCUUCUGAUGCCAUCUCCUGACAUAGAUCUCAUCUUCUCCAGCUCUCUCCUGGGAAGCUCUCUGGCAUCCCCAACUGCAGGAAUGCUGACGAAAUGCUGAGUGGGUAUUUUUCUCUGGAGAACACGAGCCUGUGUUUGAGCAGCAGCGUGGCAGCGGCUGCUCCCUUGGGGCUCGCUCUGCCAUAAUGGGCAAUUAGGAAGGAUUUGUAAUUGUCCUGCUGUUGCUCUGUCUUCUGCAUCUCUUUAGUUGAUUACUUUAUGGCACAGUGUUCCAGUCGGGCUGUCAUCUUUUUCAUCUGUCGUGCUUCCAAAACUAUUUAAAUAGGCAGUAUGGGAGGGGUUUGCCCAGUUUUCUAUCUGUGCUGCAGCCUGUGGAUGUUAGAAGAGAAUAACCUUCUCUAAUUGUUUUCAUAUCUAAUUAAGGAAUUUAAAUGCCAACCCUGACCAUUGUACUACUGGCUCUGGCUCUAGUUGCAAAGAGCAAGCCAUCAAUAUGGUGUAAGGAGCAGACAUACAAGGGAGCUGCCUGAGCACAUGCUUAAGAACUACAAAUUAGCACUUUCCUUUUCAGCUUUUGUGUGUUUUCCUUCCAAGCAAAGACAAUCCUUGGCUGUGACUCUCUCCCUUGUAGAAAACUCUGCAUGAGCUCGGAUCACUUGGCACAGUUCUGAUGCAGUGUUUAAUAUUAAGAGCUUGUCCCAAGGGACGUGCUGCCUUCUGCUCCCCAUCUGCAUCUGUGCUGCAAAGAUCUGCUUGCAGGAGGAGGGGAUGCGUGUGGCAUCUCUGUCCUCCAUGUGACGCUUCUUGCUGCUACACAAAGGCCAUCAGCAUCCCUUGCUUUGCCCCAGGUGGGAGUCUCAAAGUGAACAAAAUGGCAAAGAGUUGGAAAAAAAUAGUUGGCAAUUCUCUCCUUCUGAACCUCUGAGCUCCACUGAAUUUUUGCUUCUCACACGUCAAAACAGAAGGGCUGUGGCAGUAGUGGAGCUACGUGAUCUGGGCUUUGAAAAGCAGUGUAUCAAAUUUAGCAGCUGGGGUAUUGGUUUCAGCGCUCGGCAGCUCGCUGGUGGCUGUGAUCAGCUGUCACCGUGCCUAUCAGCAACAAUCGCUGUUUCAGCAUCAAAUUUACAUCGAUUUCACCAGGUUGGAUGACUUGGGCAGUUUCUGCCACUGUCCAUGUAGGCAGUGGUGGUAUAACAUGGCCAUGCUGGUCCUGCCCAAUGGAGCAAAGUGUGCAGCCCUUGGUGUGGACAUCUGAGCAACUCAGCGUGCCCUUCCUCCGUGAACUGCUUACCUUUAGGAGCAGUUUGGCCACCUUUCCAUUUCAUUUUUCUUUUAUUAAUGUGUCGUCAUGUCUUUCUGAACUUCUCCAAUGUGGGACCACGGCAUUCCCAUCCUAGGGUGGGAGAAAGCAUGAUGCAGCUGCCGGAGAGUGAGAAACCCAUCGUGCUGUUGACCCCUGCAGGAUCUCAGCCUCGUGCAUUUGGUGGAGCUGCUCUGAUUCAGUGAGUCAGAUGCCUUUGUGCUCUGUUACUUUCAGAAUUGUUUAGUCUCUGUUUUCCUCCAUCCUCUUCAACGAUAUGUGGGGCUGUGCCUUUUCUGCGCACAGGAAUUACCCUUAAAAGCAGGGCUUGUCUUAAAGUAAGACACCCAGCAACCUUCCCUCCCAAAAUGUGUGGUUCUACAUGAGUGCAAACCAAACCCUUGGUUCCACCUGAGAAGGGGGCUGCAUCUCAAAUGCUUCCUCAUUUUCCCCCAUUCUGCUCUCAAAAUCAUUAAGGUUGGAAAAGACCUCAAAGAUUCCCAAACCCCACUGACCGCCUCCCUCGGUGCCACUUCUGCUGCAUGGCACAUAGCUGGUUAAACAUCUCUGGGUUUGGUGUCUGGGAAGUUUGUUCCCCAGGUUGCUGGGGAACUAUUGUGAGGGAAAGCACACGUUCCUAUUUAUGGAGAUAGGACCUAUAGAUGUUGCACUUGCUAAAUAUGCUCUCAAAGCGCAUGCCUCUAUCUAGUGUUGAUUUUACAGUGGGUGAUUUCUUUUGAUAAGAGUUGCUU